AUUAGACUAAUUUUUAUUAAUUGAAAUGUGUCACUUUUUCGUUUCUUUAGUAGUCAUUUUAGUUGUCAUUGGUGGUACUCUAAAAAAAGUCCAAACCCAAAAACUAUUGGGCUUUUGCCUCCGUGCGAUUCUGCCACUGUGCCUAGUGCCUCUCAUCAGACUCUAACCGCCGCAGCCCUUCCACGCCGGCAGAGCAGCACACCGCGCGCGCCGCCACGCCGGAAAGCCUUCAGGCCUCACUACCCUAGAUGCGCACGUCCUCUCACUUCUCAGAGACUCCUCGCCUCGCCCCUCUGCUCAGUGAAGGUGCUCGAUGAAAUUCUCAGGAACAAAUUCUUCAUUUCCGAUUCGCAUUCAAAUCCGUUAGAAUUCGGUUUGCUUCUGCUUGUUGAAGAAUGAAUGGGAUUCGUAGAACGGUGCAUGGGUUUUGGAGACAAUUGCACACAAAGUCGCACGACGGACCCAGCGAGACCUUGAAGAAAAGGGUCGCAGAACUUGAAAGAAAGAGGAAAGACAAGAAUUAUCGCAAGAACGAAACCUUUGUGGAGGUGAGGGAAUCAUUGGCAUGGCUAGACACUCCCACCAUGCCAAUGAUACUCACCGUUGUUGGGACUGCACUUAUAGCAAAGCUCAUGAUGAUGUAUGAUGACUCAAAGUCUCAAGAGAGGAUAGAACAGCAGAUCAAUGAUGCACCAGAAGGUCAAGGGAGUGUGAGAAUGCUGACCCGCGAGGAAUGGGACGCGAUUCAAGACAUCCGUCCAAGGACUCCAUUUGAAUCAAGGUUUGCUCGUCCAAAUGCCCGAAUAAGGACGGGCGAACCCUUGCAUUUGGAGGAUGUGAAGAACUGGACGAUCGAUGUUCUUGCAGACGCGCUUACCCGAGCUGAAGAUUGUGCUAAACGUGGGUCCAAUUGAUUCGUUUUCCAAUAACGGAUCGGCUUUUACAAGGGUAAGAAUGCGUACAUCUUGUCAUGUGGAUUUUUAUAUUGCUAUUUAGACAGUUUACACUGUAAACUUAAUAGUAAAAUACCUGAGAAAUUGACAGUAAAGAGGUAAAUUGUUUUGAAUGUUUUGGGGAAAAAACUUUGCUUUUUUCU